AUGAAAAGACAUAACAAAGCACUGGGAAAAUUAGCCAAAGCCAAAGAAAAAUGGUAUGAAAGUCAAGUGGAAAAAAAGAACAGAAUUGCAAUACUUAGGCAAGAACUAGCCGAUGCCAAAUCGGAUAUGGAAGUGACAAACCACGCUCUUGACUCUCUGCGGAAAGCGCAGGAGGAAUUAACUCUGGACAAAGAGCCGACAAUCCACGAUUACUACAAACCAUCGAGCGAAAUGGAAGAAUACCAGCAGAUCACGAUCGGAAUACUAGGUCUGGGGUCUGGGUUCAUAAUUACGAGACUAUUAUGAAAAAAAAACGGAAACAAAAAAUCCUGUUGGGUUGUAUACCGCCAGGUGUGUAAGGGGUGCGGAAAUAAUUUCCGCACCCCUCCGAUUUCUCCAAGUGUUGUUCUCGUCCUUUCCCCAAGCAUUGUGGGAAGGUGGGUGAAGCGUCCACCCUCCAUUACGCUGAUCUGGUCACGUUUCGCGACAAGAUCUAUAUCCCCGAGUCUGGAUUCAUUGCUUUUUCAAAUCUCAAAAAUUUGAAAAAGAAAAAUGACUAUGUGAAACGAUUUCUCUUUCAGGGGAACCACACAUACAAUAAAGUAUGGAUUCGAAUAGGUCAGAAUCUUUAUUAGACACAGAUAUUCCCAGCGGCUUACCACCAACCCUAACACCGACCAGGUACGAACCACCACCACCUCCACCAGCAGAAACAAGAACAUACACAUGGCGUGAAUGGGGUGAGUGGCUAGUCAAAGACGUGCCGAAAGAUAUAAGAAGGAAAGUCACCGACGCAUACAGAAUAUUUAAAAACAAGGUUUUAAGUCUGUAUGGUAAGCAGCCAGCGGUAAAAUCAAUAUUAGUCUCUAGUGCUAUCAAAAAGAAUACUGCUAAAUGGAUGAUACCCAGUGAUGAAUUUAAAGAUCCUUGGGUCUUCUUAAACAGUGCAAGACCUGAAGUGGAAAGGAUCGUCAACGGCGUUGAAGGUGCAAAGAAAGUAUAUCUAGUAUUAACCUGUGAACUCGUAAAAGAAGAUGAAAAAACCGAACAGAAAACAUACACACCAUUCCACGGAAGAAGUAAUACUCACGCAAUCACAGUUAACAUCAGCGGAGAGUAUGAAAAAAUGCGUGAAAAAAUAUUAGAAAGUCUUGCGAAAUUCCAAAAGAAUGGUAGUGGUUGGAGAUUACACAAAGUGGAAAAGUUAGAAGUGUCUGUCACAAAGUAUGAACCGUUGAAAGGGAAGGGAUAUACAACACCGCUCCCAAAACCUCUAAAGGGAAAGAAUGCCAUCAUUUACAUAAAAAACGAGGACAACCAAUGUUUUAAAUGGGCAGUGACUAGAGCUCUGAAUCCUGCGAAACGUGACGCAUGUAGAGUCACAAAGAUCUUAAAAUUACAGACUGAGAAAUAUAAUUGGAAAGACAUAGAGUUCCCAACGAAAGUUAAAGAUAUUCACAAAUGGGAAGAGAAAAAUAAUAUAAACAUUAACGUAUUCGGAUACGAUGAGGAAACAAAAAAAUUAUAUACGUUAAAACUCGGAGAGCAAGAAAAUCCAACGGAAACAGUAAACCUAUAUCUACACGAUGACAGUCACUACUGCGUAAUCAAAGAUCUAAGUCGUCUCAUAGCGUCACAACUUAGCAAGGGUAAACGGCGGAAAUUCAUCUGCUUACGAUGUAUAAAUGCAUUCGGGACGGAAAUACUCCUAGCUGAACACACAGCACUAUGUAAAAAUCAUGAACUACAACACCAUUACUAUCCAUCCAAAGGUAGCACAACAUUCUUCACAAAUUUCGAACGGUUACACGAAGUACCAUUCAUGGUAAACGCAGAUUUCGAAUGUUUUUUAGAACCAAUGGAUCAUGUGGAAGGUGAUCCAACUAAGUCAUACACAAUUCAAUAUCAAAAGCACAAACCAAGCGGAUUCUCAUACACGAUAAAAUGUAUGGAUGAGAGCGUUUACAAGACAAAAUUUGUAACAUACACGGCACAGAAUAGGAAUGAGGAUAUCGGAAAGAUGUUCAUUGACUCAUUGCAGGAAAAUUUGAAACCAGUGUACGAAAUUCUUAAAAAAGUAACACCAAUAAGCAUGACGGAAAAGGAUGAAAAGAACUACACUGAAUCUGACAACUGUUAUGCAUGUGGUAUACAAUUCGGAACCGUCAGAAUAAACGAGUGGAACGGUAAGGAAGAAAAAGUAAUUAAGUGUAGAGAUCACUGUCAUAUCACUGGCAAAUAUCGAGGAGCCGCAUGCGACAAAUGUAACCUCCGAAUGAGGACACCAAAAUUCGUGCCAAUACUUUUUCACAAUCUGGAAAGUUGUGAUGCACACUUGUUUGUAAAAAGCCUGGGACUAAGUGAGGGUGAUAUUAAUUGCAUUCCAAAAACAGACGAAAAGUAUAUAUCAUUUAGUAAGAAAAUUCCCAUGGAAACCAUCAUAUUACCCGAUGGAGAAAAGACAUUAUAUCUGGAAAUGCGGUUCAUAGACUCAUACAAGUUCACACUUGCGUCACUUGAUUCCCUCGCCAACACGCUCGGCGAGGAUGACUUCAGAACAUUGGAAAGUCAAAUGAAACACUCAGGAAUAGAGCUACUGAAGAGAAAAGGGGUGUUUCCAUAUGAGUUCAUGACAGGCUAUGACAAAUUGCAGUAUGAUAAGCUACCCAGUAAGAAAGAAUUUUACAGUAAGUUAAAUAACACAGAUAUAAACGACGAGGACUAUGAACACGCACAAAAAGUCUGGAAGACGUUUGACUGUAAAACGAUGCGUGACUACCACGAUCUGUAUCUCAAAACAGACGUACUGUUGCUCACAGAUGUUAUGUAUAGAUUCAGAAAAAUAUGUAUGGAAAAUUACGGAUUAGAUCCAUUACAUUAUUACACAGCGCCAGGACUCGCUUGGGAUGCGGCGCUAAAAAUCACAAAAAUAGAAUUAGAACUUAUUCACAACCCAAACAUGUACCUCAUGAUCGAAAAAGGAAUACGAGGUGGAGUCAGCACGAUAAUGAAAAGAUAUGCGAAGGCAAAUAACAAAUAUAUGAAAAAUUAUGAUCCGAAAAAGGAUAACAUAUACACACCAUACUUAGACGCUAAUAACUUAUAUGGAUGGGCAAUGAGUCAACCAUUGCCAGUCAGAAACUUCAAGUGGAUGACAGAGACUGAACUAAGCAACUGGGAAAACAUUCCAUGCAUACUGGAAGUGGACUUGGAAUAUCCAGAAAAUCUACAUGACAUCCAUAACGAAUAUCCACUCGCACCGGAAAGCAUAGAAGUAAAUAAAGUCAAGAAAUUAAUCCCAAACUUAAACGAUAAGAAAAACUAUGUACUGCAUUAUAGAAACCUGAAACUAUAUCUAAAAUUAGGGCUAAAACUAACAAAAGUACAUCGUGGGGUAAAAUUUGAAGAAAGUCCAUGGUUAGCAAAAUACAUACAACUUAACACAAAUCUUAGAACAAAAGGUACAACAGACUUUGAAAAGAACUUCUUUAAACUAAUGAAUAACUCAGUAUUUGGAAAGACCAUGGAAAAUGUCCGGAACAGAGUAAACGUUAAACUAGUGACCACCGAGGAGCAGUUAAACAAGCUCGCGAAAAAGUCAUACUUCAAAGGUGUAAACAUUUUCACAGAAAACUUAAUCGCCGUUCACAUGGAAAAAACCACUGUCAAACUUGUAAAACCUAUAUACCUAGGAAUGAGCAUCCUAGACCUAAGCAAAACACUCAUGUAUAACUUCCACUAUAACUACAUCAAACCAAAAUACGGUAAUAACGCAAACCUACUCUUCACAGACACAGACAGUCUGCGUUAUGAAAUUAAAACGGAAGAUUUCUACAAAGACAUCACACCGGAUGUUGAAAAAUGGUUCGAUACAAGCAAUUACGACAAAGACCACAGUAGCGGAAUACCAGUUGGAAAAAAUAAAAAAGUUGUAGGGAUGAUGAAAGAUGAAUGUGGAGGAAAACAAAUUUCAGAAUUCGUUGGACUCCGCAGUAAACUGUACGCCUAUAAAAUGGACGAAGGAGAAGAGGAAAAGAAAUGUAAAGGUGUAAAAAAGUGCGUAGUCAAAAACGAAAUAGUAUUCGAGGAUUAUAAAAAUUGUCUAUUCUCAGGAACAGAACAACAUAGAACAAUGAAUACAUUCCGAAGCCGACAGCAUGAAAUAACAACGGAAAGAAUUAACAAAACGGCACUUUCGGCAAAUGACAAUAAGCGUGUUGUACUAUCCGACGGGAUACACACUCUAGCAAUAGGACACUACCGGCUCUCUCGAAAGGAUUAAAAAAAAAAUCGUUUCAAAAGUCGUGAUUACGUCAUCAUUGAAUUUUUGGAAAAUGAUCACGUGAUUGAUGACGUCAUAAUUGAAUUUUGGAAAAAAAAUGCGUUAGAGGGACGGAGCGAACCUGAAUUAAUUAAUGACGUCAUUAAUUAAUCGACAUUUACCGAACCGGUUUGAACCGGUUUAAAAAGCGGAUCAAAAAUGCGCUAGAACCCGCAUAUCUAUACUACUCAGGUCUUCCAGUGCCCUGUUUGUUUCCUCGAUAUCCUUGUUAGCAUCCAGGAUCUCAGCCCUCCGUCUUGCCUCGUCGUUCCUACGCUUCACCUCGGAUUCGUAAAACUUCUCCUUGGCUUUUGCAAGCUUCUCUAAGGCUUGGUUAUGUCUUUUCACCUCUUCCUUGUAUCCUUGUCCAUUUAACUUGGAAAAUAGAAAACCUGCUCCAGCAAAGGCCACGGCAUUAAAGAGUCCUCCAACCACAACAGAUGUCAUUCUUUAUUUGUCAAUUAUUUUUGGGAUGUAUCCCUUAUCCUUAAGAUAUCCUAUGGUGAAUGCACUUCCGGCUACGGCAACGGCAAGCUUUGCUGCUCCUUCUAGGGUCAUCGGUGCGCCGAGGCUUUUUCCGGCAACCGUUUUGGCAAGGUAGGACACCCCAACAACUCCGGUUGUCAGUAGUGCCGCAUCGUACAGUUCGUUGAUCACUUCCUUCUUCGUGUCGGUCAUUAUGUUUUUUUAUUCUAGUAGAACUAUUUCUCCUUUAGCUUCUCUUCCAGGAUUAUAGAGAAUCUUCUUUCCAGGGUGUCGAGCAUCCUGUCUUCACUUUCCUUGCGUUCGGCUUCCGCUGCCUGGCGUUUGGCUUCUUUCAUCUUAGCCGCAUGGAUGUAAAUAAGAUAAGUUCCGGCUGCUACGGAAAAGGUCAGUAUGUCCAAGAAUAACUGCGACAUUGUUUUAUUAUACUCUCUUUUUAGUCAAACAAGUCAGAACCUUUUGGUGUGAUAAGAACAGUUUCCGGUUCCUCUACAGUUUUAUUUUCCUCGGGUUUCUCGUCCUUCUCCUGACUGCUGUGCCACAUGAAGUAAAGGGAUCCGAGCCCCACGGCGAUACCUACUACCAAGCCGACUCUCUCUAGGGUGACUAUUGACCCAUCACCUUUGUCCUCUGUGUCCGUAAUGAUCUGCUCCUCAAGUCGUGCCUUCUUUCUUGCUUUCGCUUCCAUACUGAUCCUAGCAAGCCUACGCCCUGACUCCACCCUUCUGGGAUCCUUGACGUGGGUCUUUACUGGAUUUGUGACAGGUACUGCUGUCGUAUCUGGGUUUUCUUCUGACAUGGUCCUCUUUAUUUAUAGUAGAAUUUGACUAACCUUAAAUCCAGUCAAAAGUUAGUUGUGACUAGAUCUGAGUAAAUUUCGACUACAUUUGACUAACUUUUAAGUAAUUUUAAGUCUAGUCAAGAGUUAGUUGAGACUAACCUUAAAUCUAGUCAAAAGUAUCUUAUGACUACAUUUGAGUAACUUAUGACUACAUUUGAGUAAUCUCAUGACUAUAUUUGAGUAACCUCAGUUCUAGUCAGAAGUACCUCAAAUUCAGAAUAAACAGUCUAUAGACAAGACUUCCCGACAUAUAAACAAAGCAACCAUGAGAUAAUUCACCAGGAGGGAGGAUAAUAAAGUCCAACUCGAUUUCAACUGUCCGGAGAAGAUAAAUCAAAUUGCGAGAAUGUGUAAGUAUACCGACUACAAGGACGUAACGGUCAUUAUCCAUACAUUUGGUGAAACGGGUUUGCCAGCAAAACAUAGAAUUAAAUUUGAAAAAGGAUGGAUGGGAAAAGGCGCUGAAAUUCGGGGUGUUGAUUACCUUUACGGAGGUCUGAAAGACAUUCACAUCUUAAUUACCAUUUCCGAAUCCGUCGAUGUGAUUGAUUGUUAGCUUGAAGGUCCAGAAGGCAGGAUUCACCUAGGUACACCCACAGAUAUUAUAAAUAAUUUGUUCCGUAUGUGUAUGUCUUGGGAGGAAUGGUCAGAAGAAAAGGGAAGAAGAAAGAAUAAUGGAUAUGGAAAACGAAGCGAUUAUAGAAGAGGCACGGAUAGGAGAGAUGGAAAUGUUAGAGGAAAUGCAGAUGGAUGCUGAAAUGAGGGAAACCCAUUCAGGGUCAGAUUGAUUAAGGUUGCCAGGUAGUGACUUGGCGAGGUUGUCAAAUCCAAAGACACAAUUGCAAAUCCCUGCCUAAAACAGUGUGUUUUCAUGUAUUCUCAUACAUUUUCAUGCUGAAAUUUAGCAAGGUAGUGACCUGGCGGGGUUAACAAAUUAAAAGAAACAACUGCGGAUCCCCUGACUUACAAACAGAAUCAACUUUUCCAAAAUAAAUCCUAUACAAUAGAAGGAACAUUUCUCAUACGUCCGAUUCCGUGAGCAUUUUGUGAACUCCAUUGCUUUUUUCAAAACUUAUAGGUCUGAAAAACAGAAUCAACCUUAUAAUCACCUUAUAGAUAAACUUUUCUAUAUAAUAAAGUAAUGGAGUUUACCAAACAGAAUGCUCCAAUUUCGGACAAAAAAUUCGAAUCUAUUGAACGAAUGAGAACUAACGUUCUGGAAAAGGCCCGAGAGAGAGGUCUAAAAAUAGAGAAGAAAAUUAACAACAAUUUCGACGAACUACUCAAAAAGGAGAAGAGAAAAAUAAUCGGAAAGGAAGUUAAUCAGCAGCAAGACAGUUCCAAAGACGAAGGAAGCAAGCCGAUGCUAACGCACGAAAUGAAAUAAGGGAUGCAAAAAGAUGGAAAAGCGAUAUCGCUAAAGAAGAGAAGAGACGGCGAAAAGAGGUCACGGACUGGAAAGCCGAGGGACAAAAGUGCAAAAAGGAGACCCAGCGACUACGACGAAAUGCAAAGGCCCGCGAAAGGCGAGCUGAGGAAAACCGUAGAAUCGCAGAGGGUAAAUGGAAAGGCAAGAAAAAGUUUGCCAGAUUCCAGUUAAAGGUGGGCGACAAGCUUAGCAAAAUCUGGGAAAACCGAGGGAAAUCCUGAAACCCAUUCUAGCCAAACACACCAUCAAGAAAAAGGUAAAGAAGUACGUCAUCACCCCAAACGGUAACUACGACCCAGCCUACUUCCUAACCAUCACGGAAAACGAGGUAAACACUCAUAAACUCCGAAACGGAACCCAGGAACGUAAGGAUGUCCUUAGCCUGCGAAAUGGUAAGAAGCGAUCCCAAAACCGGGGAAGAAGUGUCAACCGUCGCUCACUUCGGAUCAAAAAAUCACAAACUUAUCGGCACGGAUGAUACAGAAGAAACCCAAAGCAUCAUGAGGGAAAAGAUGCUAAAGUCCUUUUCGGAAUACCAGAGGAGGGGCAGUGGAUGGUGUCUACGAAGAGUUACCCAGUUGGAGAUCCACAUCGGAGAGUUCCAACCACUUAGGA